GCCACGACUAUUUCAAGCCACGACUACCUCAGCUCACUGCAAAAUCACGCGGUUGUAAAGGCUGAGGAUCACAAAAAGAUAUACAAGCAAAAGUUUUACAAAGAGAUCGGAGUGGAAAAAAAAUGUCUGGUCAGGAAGUCAGCCUUUCCAACAAAGAGGAGGUGUUCGUUGUGAACGUAAUACCGCUUCUCAAAGACGGCAUCCUUUGCUUUAAUGAUCUUUCGGUCAUUGUAUUUACUAAUGAAGGUAACAUGAAGAACAAACACGAUGAGCUUCGCUCUUUAAUUAUUAAAGGGAAGAAUAACUUCGUGGAAGCAGAGCAAAGCGCUUCUGGUAUUUUAGGAAGUAUAGAUAAAGAGUGUGAGGAAUUAACUCAACAGAAAGGAAAACUGCAACGACAACAGGAUGACACAAAAACUGAAUGCAAAAACCUACAAGACCAGCUUGCAAGUCAGCAAAGCAUACUACUGGAGCAUCAGAGAUCGUUAGAAAAUGCAAAUACACACUUACAAGCAACACAGGCAAAAGUUAAUGAGAUGCGUAUAAGAAUGGAGCACGAUGAAGCUGUUAGGAACGCUGGGAUCGGUCUGAUGUUUGUUCCAUGUGCUGGACCCACAGUUGGAGCUACCCUGAUUGGGGUUUACCAGACAGAUAUGAACAACGCAAAUGAUGCUAAAAAUCAGGCUCAAAGUGAAGUUCACAACUGGGAACGUCAAGUGGCAAGUAGUUCUCUAGGUGUUUCUGACUGUCAGACAAAGAUCAACCAGAAGACACAGGAGAUUUCUCAAGUUAACACCAGUUUGGAGGUGUUACGAAGAACCUUAGAAGACGUCACACAGCAGCGCCUUGAUAUAGCUGAUGUCCAGGAGAAGUUCAGGAAUGCUGUCAGGGUUUUGACCGAUCUAGCUGGGAUAGCGAAAGUAGGCGAGGUACAGACAAGGAAGUUUAUUCUGUUUGAGCCCCUCAUGACGGUACUUCAGGAAAUCUUUAAAUGUAUUCUGCAAAUGUCAGAUAAGAAGGGUCAUCUUCAGUGUGUCGAAACAACUUUAAAACCAAUACAAAGCGCUUUUGAAGAGAAUGUGAGAAAGAUGAAAGCUUUGUGUGACAAGGGGGAUGAUUACUGGUAGGAAAAAAGUAAAACAAAUUCUCAUAAAUGUCAUGAAAGUCAGAAUUUAUCUCUUACAGAAAAUGCAAUAUUACUGUAUUUGUAUGUUAGCGUGUUCAGCAAUAAAGUAUAUGUACCGUAUAUGUAACUUUCUCCUCAGCCGAAACAUUUGAUGUGAGAACAAUACUCUUCAAACUGCUGUUUUUAAAUCAAUGUAAACUGAAUUUUAUUCAGCACCGUUAAUGAAAUACAAGAACUAUAAUCCUUUUGAUUGCUUUUGUCUUCCUUUUUGGUCCUAUUUGGUCUUUCCAUCACCUUCCUAGAACAUUUGUAUAUCCUUAGUGACAAUUACAGUAACCUAUAGGAGUAACCCAGAGUGUUACUCUUCAGUCUUUUUUAGGGCGACACGUUGGGCUCAAACAUUGACAUAUGCGAUAUUUCCAUGAGUAAUAGUUAGAUAUAUAUACAACAGAAAAGAAGAAACUGAAAUUUAACUUCUACAGAAAAAGCAAUAUUAAUGUGUUAAUAUGUUUCCAUGUUCAGCGACAGAUUUUAAAUAUGAAACUUUCUCUUCACCAGAAGAACAUAGUUUGAGAAUGUCAUUUAAGAUCUUUAUAUAAUACUUUUUAAAAUAGUUUUUACUCUCAUGUAUUCAAAUCCUUUACAUUUUAUUCAAAUCCUUUAACUAGAUUAAUUGCCAUAACAGUCGCUAGAUUAAUCGCAUAGAGUUCUACCAUAUGGGUAAGUGGCUGUAUGCUCUUCUACUUAAGCGUAUUCAGUCAUUGACUGGGGUUUGAACAGAUUAAGGCUGUUUAUACCAUCCUGCGCAUUCUAACGCUCACAAGUUCUUUCGAGCACAUUACCAGCUAUGCGCUCUGGAGGACCGUAAGAAGUCUAACGCCUCUACAUUGCUAUUGAAUAAAUACAUGACUGAUGGAAUACGCACCGGAUGACCAGCUAAUACUUGUGAGCUGUUUUGUUUUUUUCACCUUAUUUAUUGUUAGGUUGAAGAAACUGUUAUUAAUCAUUUUGUUAUCACUCCUGUAUGAUCAGCAAUGAAUGUAAAUAUGUAUAUACAUUAUUUUGUUUUUCCCUAGCCUCAUACUUUAGAUUAUAUUAAUAAUAGCAUUCCUACCUUAGCAAAACCAGAACUUUCUCUCACCUCCCUAUUCAGCAUGACUCUUGCGCCUCCCACUGACUAUAAAUAAAGGAGUCAAGGGGAACCACCCUUUGUAACACAUUCUGCUGUAGUUUGCAUUGCAGAGAGUGUGGGUACCCUUGCAAGUAAAAAAACUAUAAAGUGUGUUGUCUCAAUAAAAGGUGGAGUUGGGGUGGAAACGCCGGGCGCUUUCCCCAACAUAGAAUUUGGUCCUUCGAGCCGGAUCCGAGGAACCCCGAAGACGUCUCCAGUACGCCGAGAGAAGCGACACCGAAGUCUGUCGACAGGCACUCGAAGUCGGGUGCAAGAAAGACCUGUGAUGUGAAUUCGUCAUCAGGCCGGUGGUUAGAACUGCGCUCGACGUCUGGUGAUGUCUGAAGGACCUCGGUGACGGAACAGAGAGCACACUACAUAGGUGAGAAACAUGGCGCCUAAGUGAAUAGGUGGCCAAGUGAGACAUACGGCACCUAAGUGAGUAGGUGGCCAAGGCAUGCAUGUGGUUAAGCUUAGCCGAAAUUAAGCGGGAGCGAAAGUAGGCGUUGUGGGAGAGAGUGUACGGUGUUCUAUGUGGAUGCGUCCUUACAGGUUUUAGACCUACACGAUCCACCCUAAAAGCAACAACAUACUGGUGACUGAAGGAUAAAGGACGGGUUUCAUCCCUGAAAACUAACACCGCUGCUCUAAUAGUGAGCAGUAGAAGGCCGUGUUGGUGUCCUCCUGAGGUCUCAUGCCAGAGACUUGCUUUUAGGAUUUUUUAUGUUUUGUAGUGUAUUCAAUAAAAGGUAACAAUGGGAAAAAAUCUGAGUAAACAAAUCAAACUAGAGGGAGAUGAGAAGUUUAUGGAAGGAUAUAAACCAGGAUCAGGACAAAUAAGUAGUCAGAGAUGGAGGAAAAAACAUGGGUUUGAAGGAAAACUCCAUACUCCAGACAUAUUAAAGUUACAGGGAAACUUAAAACUGGAGAUGUUACAGACUACCAAUAAUAAAAAAGGCCAAGAUAGAAAAAAGGAAUACGUUUUCUCUGAUGCAUGGUUAGAACAGAGUAAACUAAGAGAUAAUAAGAGACAACAGAAAAAGGGAAAUAAGGAGAAAAAACUGCAGGUGGCUUUAAUCACACUAGACGAAGAAACGGCAGCAAGACCUUCUGCCCCUCCAGCUCCUCCACCGCCCCCACAAAUUCCGGUGCCUGCACCGGCGCUGGUUCCAGCCACAGAUAGACAAGAAGCAAGGGGGGGGGGGGGGGGUGGAACCAUCUCGCAUGUUAACUCGAGGGUCUGAUCCCUCUCUAUAUCCUGUAAAAGAUUUGGCCACAGCUAAAGUACAAUGGCAUCCAAAAAAUAACACAGAACAAGAGGAGGUAGAAUGGCAGUGUCCCCUCGUAGAAGUGGCAAACCCAAAUCGAGGGCCAAAUAAUGCAGGACCCGAAACUAUGUUAGUAUAUAGACCCUGGACCGCUGAGGAUAGAACAGCGGCUUUAAAAGGAAUACCCCCGGUUGAAGAAGGAGUACCCGAGUUUUGGACUGCCAUCCUAGAAUUACAAAGUAGUUUUCAUUUGAACGGCAGGGAAAUGUACCGAUGCCUAAGACAGUUGUUUACCCAUAAAUGGGGACGUGUGGCAGGCGACUUCACUGGACACGGUGCCAAUAAUCAGCCCUUAGCACAUAACUCACAGGAACUCAUACAAGCAUUACAACACCUGCGAGAGACGAUAGACACAGUCUUCGUGAGACGUGCAGAUUAGGGCGGAAUAGCGCAGUGCAAACAAAAAGAUGGAGAGGAACCUGAGGAUUUUAUGGAUAGGAUGCGAGUGGUGUUCAGGGGAAAUUCAGGAAUUCCUCACGACGAGGAAGACGGAGGAGUGUAUCAGCAACAAUUAAAACGAGCUUUUGUCGCAGGCCUAAAGCCUGAAUUGCGAAAAUAUCUCGACAAACAUUGGGUACAUCAGAAUACUGGCUCAGUCCAACAAGCCUUAGAAUAUGCCCAACACGCACAGAAAGCGCAGAAACAGCAAAAGACAGAUACAAUAUUCAGCGCCUCUGACGUGGUAGCGCUAGUGCAAACGAACCCUCGGGGACGCGGGGGAUUCAGAGGUAGAGGAAGAGGAAGAUUUAGAAAUAAACAAACAGGAGGGUUUUCACAGGAAACAGAGUGUUGGACAUGCGGGAAACCUGGACAUUUAAGCAGGGACUGCAGGUCAGGGAAGCGACCAUUUAAUCCAAACUCCACCGAAAAUGACCAAUGACCCUCCUCGGAGACCCCUGUUGCCGACACUAUCCGAGGUGAAACAGAGGUCAUUUUAAGGGAGGAAACGGAGGUUACCUUACAAGACCUCUUGGAUGAGGAAAUAGAUUUGCAAGCAGUAUGUCAGCUAUUAGCAGAAAGGCAGUGGGGAACUUUGCCAAGUCGGAAAUUAAUCAUAAAUGGCAAAGUAUACGAAUGCCUGUGUGAUACUGGAGCCUGUAGGACUGUCCUAACCUCCAGUCCUCCUGAAGUCACAUACUCCUCAUCUGUCAUAAAUAUAAAAACAGCAGGAGGCCAAACAGACAGUCAUCAGCUAACAAACCCAGUUGCAGUAAAAGAUAAGGAAACUGGGAUUGAAUGUCAAGCACAAGUGUUAAUAAGCCCUUCUUGCCCUGUCAAUCUGUUAGGCCGUGACCUUAUGGUACAGAUGGGCAUUAGUGUAGUUGCCACAAACUCUGGCAUGAAAGCAAUCAUAAAUGAGGAAGCCUAUGUUGUGCAAGGAACCGGAGCACCACAAUAUUACUGGUCACUGGACCUAGGGGGAACUGCACAGACAAGAGAAUUGUUGCGAAAAACUAGAGAAAAGCAGUCCCCUAAACAAACCCAGUUCAUGCCUGACGAUGCCUUACACGUCACUAUGUGGUACAAAGGCACCCCAGGACCAGAUUAUGCAUAUGACAAAACGUUUCAUGCCCUUCAAGACACUUGUAUUACCUUACAACAUUUGUAUGUUAACUCCACUACUGGCUUUUCUGCUGCCUCAGUCAUCUUAUCUAAUAAACAACAGGCUGUGUUCAGAGGGGAAACACCUCACGUAUCUCUAUCAAAAUCACCUCAGAUGCAGUGGAGGGAUGUAGAGAUGUUCUUACGAGAUUCCAUGCACAGUUACAAUGACUACCAACCCGUACCUGGCUCCUGUUGGAGCUAUGACAAAAAACACAAUGUGUGGCGGUUCCCUUUGGGAUGGAGAGUUCAAACCACUCUCACCACACACUUGCAGGACCCAACCUGACAAAUUUUUUCUGUUCUGGAGGGGGGAUCAUGUCCAGAUCUAGAUCGCCUCCCGGAAGGGUUGUGGUCGUCCUCCCCCACUGAUGUAGGACUGGUAAAGGGGUUCCCACCAUACAAAGUAAUUGUGAAAUCAGAACACCGCCCGGUAGUUAGACAAUACCCGUUAAAACCUGAGGCAGAGAAAGGUAUAGCCCCUGUAGUGCAGGAUAUGUUGGCAUCAGGAAUAUUGCGAGAGGCUCCUGAGGCCACUUGCAAUACUCCUAUCUUCCCUGUCCAGAAGGGACAUACAGGGAAAUGGCGCAUGGUGCAGGAUUUAAGACCAGUUAAUAACAUAGUGCAACACGCAGCACCAGACGUGCCCAACCCACACUUAUUGCUCAACUCAUUAACCCCUGAUAAAAGUUACUUCUCAGUAGUUGAUCUCAGUAAUGCAUUUUUCUCAGUACCAUUGCACUCUGAUUCUCAACAUUUAUUUGGUUUCACCUAUAAGGGAAAAAAAUACACAUAUACUAGACUCCCUCAAGGGUUUUCAGAAAGUCCACAUGUAUAUACCAUGGCCCUUAGAUAUUCUAUGAGUACCUGUAAAAUACCAUCCCAUAGUCAAGUGCUACUGUAUGUAGAUGAUAUAUUAAUUGCUUCAGAUACAAAACAGCAUUGUAAGGAAGCCACACUGUUGGUGUUACAGCAUUUAUAUGAUACAGGACAUAAAGCAUCAAAACAAAAAUUACAAUAUUGCAGGGAGGAAGUUAUAUAUCUUGGACAUAAACUCUCCCAACAAGGUUGAUCAUUAUUAGAAACUAGAAAACAGGCAAUACAAGAGGCACCAAAGCCAAAGACUAAACAGCAAAUGAUGUCCUUCUUAGGACUUUGUAAUUAUUGCAGAGAAUGGCUACCUGAUUAUGCUGCACUCGUUCAACCUCUGCAAACCUUAAUUUAUGGGAAAGACAUGGCCUUAAAAGAUAAAAUUCAGUGGACAAAAGAAGGAGAAUUGGCAUUCACAAACUUAAAAAUGAUACUACAAACAAAUGUGAUACUUGCCUUACCAGAUUAUCAACAACCAUUUACCUUAUGUGUUGAUGCUAAUCAAGGUUAUAUGAAAGCGGUAUUAACACAGCCGUUCGGGACAAAGGAAAGACCACUAGCAUUCUAUUCUAAACGAUUAGAUGCAGUAGCAGCUGGUUUUCCACAAUGUUUGCAAGCAUGUGCAGCUGCUGCAGAAGCAGUAAAAUUAUCAGCAGAAUUAGUGUUGUGUCACCCACUCACCCUGAAGGUGCCACAUUCAGUUUCAUUAGUUUUACUGCAGACGCCGCUUCCGUUCCUCACACAUGCUAGACAUCUGACCUUAGUCUCACUCCUGCUUUCACAGUCAAACAUUACUAUACAGCGAUGUGGUCCUCUUAACCCUAGCACCCUUCUUCCGACAACGGAAGAUGGAGAGCCACAUUCGUGCAAAGCAGUUGUGGAAGAGCAAACAAAACCCAGAGCAGAUAUUUUACAGACCCCAAUAUCAGAUUCAAUGGUUGUUUAUGUAGAUGGAUCAGCAUCAAAAAAUGAUAUGGGAAAAAAUAAGGUCGGGUAUGCUGUAGUUACGUCCACUGAAGUGUUAGAGGCCAAUGCACUCCCACCUGCUUGUUCAGCACAAGCGGCUGAACUCUAUGCUGUAAUUAGGGCAUGCGAGCUAUUCAAAAAUAAGUCACUUACUAUAUACACUGAUAGUCAAUAUGUGUUUGGAGCUGUUCAUCACCAUGCAAGAGUGUGGAAAAAUAGAGGUUUUAAAACAUCGCAGGGAACGUCUCUAACUCACACAAACUUACUACUUAGAUUAUUAGAUGUUGUACAAUUACCGACUCGCCUUGCACUGUGCAAAUGUAAAGCACACCAAACCGAUGCUUCCACAAUAGCUAAAGGAAACAACUUUGCAGAUAAAACUGCCAAAGAAGCGGCCCUGAAACAGCCCACCUUAUCAGUGGCAGACAUUCUUUUCAUAGAUAGUGAUGUGCUGUGUGAUGCACAGAUUCAUGCUCCUAAAACAGAAAUACAGAGUUGGAUCAAGAGAGGAGCAAUACAGCAAGGGAAAGUUUACUAUAUGAAUGACAAGCCCAUCCUACCAAAAAACUUAUACAAAACAGCUGCCUUAGUGAGCCAUGGAAAUACUCAUGUCUCAACAGGAGGGAUGGUACAUAUUAUCCAGCAAUACUUUUAUGCUAUAAAUUUUUCUGAUUAUGCAAAGCAAUUUUGUAGAACAUGCUUAAUUUGCUGUAAACAUAAUGCACAGGGUAACAUGAGACCAAAACGUGGCCAGUUCCCUGUAGCUGAGUACCCGUUUCAAGUUGUACAUAUGGAUUUUAUUGAAUUAUCUUGGUCACAAGGGAAGAAGUACUGUCUAGUCAUUAUAGACACCUUUUCUAAGUGGGUAGAAAUAUACCCUGUAAAGCACUGUGAUGCAAUGACUGUUGCAAAAUGUUUGGUAGGCCAUUAUUUCCCUACUUAUGGCAUACCUUAUAUUAUAAGAUCAGACAAUGGGACUCAUUUUGUAAAUCAGACCAUGUCCCUUUGUUCACAAGCAUUAGGUUUUACGCUUAAGAAUCAUUGUGCUUAUCACCCUCAGAGUGCAGGCUUAGUGGAGAGAACUAACGGCACUAUUAAAACAAGGCUCAGAAAAACAAUGGAAGAGACAAAAAGGCCGUGGCCAGAAUGUUUGUCUCUAGUAAAAUUGUGGAUGAGAAUAACUCCCAUUCCUGCAGGAUUAACACCUUUUGAGAUAGUGUACGGAAGGCCGUUUCCCCUAGCAACCGAAAUGAGUGAUUUAGGGAAAGCGGACAGAGAAAAUACAUUGGCUAAUUGGAUGCGAAAGUUGCUAUCAUCACAACAAAAACAUAGCCCCAGUAGUCUGCCAGUAAAUUCUGUUUCUAACCAACAGGAUAACUUGCAGCCAGGGGAUUGGAUCCUGGUCAAGGUCCUGUUGCGGAAGGAGUGGAGCACACCCCGGUGGGACGGUCCUUAUCAAGUCCUCCUCACAACACCAACAGCUGUGAAAAUAGCAGAACGACCUUCCUGGAUACACAAAAGUCACUGUAAACCCAUCAAGCCCUUAUCAGAGGCCUCAGCGACAGAGUAGCAGUGGAAGUCCGCUACAAAGGCACAGUAACCAAUAGGGUGCUGCUGUCUCAACCCGGUGAAGAAAACAACUGAACUGCACUCUAUUAGGAUGGCUCUGACGGGGUGGGGAUGUGGUAAGGUGACUCUAGGGGUCAUUCUUGUUGUUGGACUUGUAUGGUUGUCCUUGCUCCCACUAGCUCCAUUGCAACACCUACGGCGAUGGACCCAUGACGACUUCCAUCUGCGCCCGUUGCCUGCUGACCACUCACACCCGUUCAUGAAGAACUACUGGUAUCGAUAUGUACAUGACACUGUAACAGCAAAAAAUGUGACGAAUUGCUAUGUUUGUUCUGUGAUGCCUACUCAUAGUGAACGACCCACUGUAUAUGGAAAACCCAUGAAUAUGUCCCAGGCCAAAUGUGCCGCAUCUUUUGCAGGUAUAGGGUACCAAAGUAUUGUUUCACUUAUAUUUUGUUUUGUUUUGUUUUUUAUUUUGUUUUUCUGUUGUUUUAUAACUGUUAUACCAUGUUUGAAAAUGUUUAUUAAUCAAGCUCUUAAUGCUGCUUUUCGGACACACAGUACAAUGUUUCUCUCCCUUACUCAGAAUAUGGAGACAGAGCCUGUUUCCAGCGAUAGCGAUGAAGAAGACAUGUAAUUCAUAAUGACGGCUGAGCCGAAAGCACCCGUGCAGGGCUCGGACCUGAAGUAACGGAAUUAGAUGUUUUUCUAUGAUAAACAGGAGGAACGACUCCUGAUGGUUUUCUGUACUCCACAGUUAGGAUGAUGAUGAUGUGAUCUAAAUGACAGUUGUACUGGAAAUGCUUUUGCAACUUGUACAAUACUGAUGUUUUUGAUCAUACUGUCAUGAUAAACAGGAGGGACUGUUAGGUUGAAGAAACUGUUAUUAAUCAUUUUGUUAUCACUCCUGUAUGAUCAGCAAUGAAUGUAAAUAUGUAUAUAUAUUAUUUUGUUUUCCCCUAGCCUCAUACUUUAGAUUGUAUUAAUAAUAGCAUUCCCACCUUAGCAAAACCAGAACUUUCUCUCACCUCCCUAUUACUCUUGCGCCUCCCACUGACUAUAAAUAAAGGAGUCAAGGGGAACCACCCUUUGUAACACAUUCUGCUGUAGUUUGCAUUGCAGAGAGUGUGGGUACCCUUGCAAGUAAAACUGUAA